AUGUUUACUAGAUUACAAUUAGGUGAUCAUCCUGAUUAUCAAUCACGAGAUAAACAUAACGAAAUACAUCUUCAAGAAAAAAAUGAUGAUGACGAUAAAGCUGAACUUCUUAAUCAACAACCAGUUCAAGUAUCAGCUCUAGCUGCUUCAGCACAACAACAACAAAAUAAUGAACCGAUAGAUGAUGUUCCAUUAAAAGAAAUCAAACAGUUUUAUAUCAGAUUUGAAGAACGAUUCUAA